AUGGCGCAGCUCUUGUUAAAAGCCUUGGCCCUGGCAACACCCACUCUUACCAAUUCUGUCCCGGCCUCACGAUACACCGCUUGUCAGGCACUGGCUGGCGAACAUCCACUGGCCGAAUGUCCCAAAGGCACCCUCUUCGUGAGCGCGACAGACAAGCGCGCCAACUUUACGACGGUUCAGGAUGCCGUCCGAUCCCUGCCCAACGACACUUCCGCCCAGACCAUCCUCAUCGGGGCUGGCAAGUACACGGAGCAGGUCAACGUGACGAGGCCCGGUCCGCUGAUGCUGCUGGGAGAGAUCUCGUCCAAGGACAACCGCCGUCCGUACGCGGAUGUUCAAACUGGAGAUCAGGUGGAGAACAAGGUGCAGCUCUGGUGGAAUUCUGCCAACACGAACGGUACUCGAUUUCCCGAUAAUGUGUGGACGGGCGUGCUGACGGUCGGGCCGACUAUCAACGCUACCUUUACCGGAGCCGGACCGACAGGAUGGCCAGUGGACCCAGACACACCGAUGGGCUGCUCCGACUUUAAAGCCUACAACAUUGACUUUCGCAAUGAAUACACAGAGUGGUCGGCGGGUCCUGCUCUGACGUACACUGUUGCUUAUGCAAAUGCGAGCUUUUACUCUUGUGGAUUUUAUAGCUGGCAGGAUACUAUCUUUGUCGGAAAACUCGGCAACGUGUACAUGCACGACACCAUCAUCGCAGGGCAGACGGACUACAUCUACGGCUUCGGAACCCUCUGGGUCGAGGCCUCGACCCUGGUCAGCCGGAGCUGCCACUACGUGACGGCCAUGAAGGGGGCCAACACGACCUUUGCCAACAAGUACGGCGCGUACAUAUCCAACUCGCGUUUCAUCUCCAACAACGCCACCGUGCUGAACGGGACGCAAAAGUGCGCGCUCGGCCGGCCGUGGAACGACGCGCACCGCUCCGUCGUCAUGAACUGCUACCUCGACGAGCAGAUCCUGCCCGAGGGGUACGCGGAGUGGGCCGGACGGCCCGCCGGCAACAUCGGGCCCAACACCACCAUGGCCGUGUACAAGACGUUCGGGCCAGGCAGUAACGUCACCGCCAUGCUGGCAGGAGGCGUGACGCAGAAUUUCACAGCGGACCAGGUGGAGCCUUAUUCGUCGCCCGAGAAGGUGUUUAUGACGCCGCAGGGGGUGCAGCCGAAUGUGGCUUGGAUUGAUCCUUUAGUAUCGGACUGGUUCCGUGGGAGGGAGAAAGGAAGCAGGAAAAAAGAAGUUUAG